AGAACAGAAAAGUCCAACGACGACUCCAGUGUAUUUUUACGCCGAACAAGUAACAUUCUUUAUUUGAACAAAAAGAUUAGAAAUUAUCUACAAUGCCAAGAUCAAAAAGAAAUAGAUUGGGUAAGCGAAAUGUGAUGUUUUCACCUUGUUCAGCAAUURUUCCCCWCUCGAAAAAAAUGCAAUCCGAUUCGUGCUUUAACAGAAUGCGCUGCUUGUCGCGAUCUUYUUCUUUGCUUCUUGGUUGUCGUCAUAUUUUCAUCUUUGUUCCUUUCUAUUUAGUCUCUUUGACAAAGGUCUCGAAGAGAGCAACCCGAGAGCACAAGUCGGCYUAUGUACAGGAGAUUCGUGAUGCGGUGGACGGGCACGACAGCCUUUUCCUCUUUUCGUACGAGAAUAUGAGAAGCAACAAAUUCAAAGACAUUCGCAUGCAUUUCCGCGCCAAAAAUACGAGCGGAGAUGACAUGCACGACGAAGAAACCAGCGACGAAUCCGCUCCGUCUCGUAUUUUCUUGGGAAAGAACAAACUCCUGCAGAUAGCCCUCGGAAAGACUCCGGAGGACGAGUACGCCGACAACCUCCGUCACGUAUCGGGAGAGAUUUCGGAAUCUGUAGGUCUUCUCUUCACGUCGAGAAAUAAAGAAGGGGUGGAGCAAUACUUUAAGGAUCUGUGCGAACCCGAUUUUGCUAGAGCCGGCUUCGUUGCUCCCCGGGAUGUUGUUGUCACGAACGAAAUGCUAGCGAACCAGCCGGUAUCUAUGAUGGAGCAACAGUUUCGAAAGCAGGGACUUCCGGUCCGAAUUGAUAAUGGGAAAAUCGUAUUGUUGGACGGCAAAACAGAGUACAAACUUUGCAAAGAGGGAGAAGUAUUGUCUCCCGAGAAAUGCAAGGCCCUCACCCACUUCGGAAUCAAAUUGUCGAAUUUCCGAGUGAAGCUAGUUUGCUAUUGGUCAUCAAAAACGGGAGAAUUCGAAAAACUCGAUUAGUUUUAUAACUUGUGAUCACUGGCUAUGCACCUUGUUCUUCUCCAACGAGUACUGGAGGUACUCCRGGCGGAAUGAUGCCUUACCUGUGCCUUGGUAAUGAAARAUCAKUACUCCU